ACCACCAUUGGACCAUCAAGGUCCAACCUCAGUGCUUGUAUUACGUGGCUGAGUGAAGCAGUUCAGACACAUGACCACAUCACUACUGGAAAAGUUAGCCAUGGACAAUAUCCCCUUAUGUGUAACAUCAUGCAAAGAAGAUGAAAGAUGGUUUCUGCUGUAAAGACCUUUUAAUCUAAAUAAAAGACCCAUGUGUUGCAGCACGACCUGCAGUCCUGGAGCAGGGGGAAGGGGAACGUGUGUCCAGUGUAUGAGAGGAGCACUACAGGUGUUGAAACUGUUCAGACAGUUGUGCCAGCCUCCACAGUCCAACCCCCAUGUGCUUUGCCUGCCUCUGCAGGCAGGAGGAAGCCAGCUGGUUUUGAUGUGCAUAUACAAGUGACUGUCCUCACCUACCUUGAUACUUUUAACAGAAAGACUGAAGCAUGUCAAGUAAACUCCUGAUUCUCUCAAGACUUAAUUGCUGAACAGUUUCCUCUGUGCUGGAGGGCUUGUUUGCCAAACUGCAAGUUUACAAGCAAAAAAAACCAUCAAUUUGCUUUUAUUUUUCUGAUCAAAUCCAACUACCAAAGUUGAGUUUCUACCCUGACAUUUAUGCCAGGUCAUUCCACAUCCAGGCCCAGCUCUGCUGGUAUGGAAGAGUAUUUUAAGAACGUAAAAAGAAAAAAACCCUAAUAAAAGCAAACCACAUGUUUUACAUGUCUUCUAGAAGGAAACCUUUAAAAUCAUCUAUACAAGCACUGCUUUGGCCCCAAGAGGUGUUUUGGUAUAGACAAAUUCAUUAGUCCAUUUUGCAAGCUAAGGAAGCACUUUUCAGCUCACCUUCUUCAAACUUGAAUGGUGAUUAGAUGGGACAAAAUGGACCUUCCUGGGUGGACCGACUGGAGAGAGGAAACAGCCUAGCAGUACCCCUGGAACAGCACACUGUGCACAGCGGUACCACGGGCAGGGCAGGCAGCCGGGGCAGUAGAGCGCUCAGCCGGUAUCUGAGUCUUGGCAUCCUGAGGGAGGUCUGGGAUCAGUGCUCGCUUUGCUGUGUCCCCGUUUCCCAUGGCACAGUGUAGGGUCUUCUGGGAAAGCCUGUCGUGGAAAGCCUGAAAUGUCACAGAAUCACAGAAUUUUUAGGGUUGGAAAGAACCUCUGAAGAUCAUCUAGUCCAACCCCCUGCCAAGGCAGGGUCACCUAGAGCAGGUUCACAUCUUCUGCUUUGAGACAGAAGUGAGACUAAAUGGGAAGGUUACCAAAGCACAUUCCCACUCACUCUGUGCACAGCCACCAGGACGAGAUGCUGACAGAAUACCUCCACAAUUACGCGGUUAAUUUACCAAGGCGCGGGACUGCGGUUGAGCUCGUCGCUGGGAGCACUUCCCUUUCGGCGAGCGGUGACCGAGCUCCUCCCCCUGCGCCGAGCGGGGCCGGCGGGAACGGCGGCGGCGGCGGCGAUGGAGCCGGCGCUGGGCUCGGAGUUCGAGGAUUCCCUGUUCGCGCCGAGCCGGGAGCGACGGGAGGGCGGCGCGGACGGGGCUGCGUGCGGGGCCAGGCACUGCGAGCCCCGCUGGUUCCAGAGCGCGGCUGACGCCGGGGAAGGCGCCGCCGGGAUCACGAGCAGCAAGUUCCGGGCGGACUGGGCGUUUUGGCAGCGGGACUUCGAGAAAGCCCUGUGUGAAUACUCAGACUGCCUGCUACUCUUACCUGCCAGCAACAUUGCAAUGAGGCGUGAUGUCCAGGAGGGCCAGGCUCGGUGUUUAUCUCGCCUGGGAAGGCACAAGGAGGCUCUGGAUAUUGCAGAAAAAAUGAGAAACAGCGCCACUAACACAGAUCACUUAACAACGGUUCUCAACCUGCAGUUUUCUAUUUACCAGGAGCUGGAAAAUGUAGAAAAAAAGAUGAUGUGUCUGCAGCAACUGAUCUGCUUACAUCCUUUCAAUCCCUGGUUCUGGAAGUUACUUGCUGAAGCUUAUAUGAGCCUUCUGCGGAAUUUGUCUCCAUUGGUCAUUCCAGAAGCAAAUCUAAAUCAGUCUGAAGAGGUUUGUGUAAGUGAUAGCAGUCUCAAAACAUUGACUGGCAGAGAGAUUAAUCUGCAGCCUCACACAUCAGAGGGCCAGAAGGAAGGAUCUUGGUUCAGCCUCGCUGCAGAAACAAAGGGGGAGAAUGCAGUGACUUGUCCCAGCAGCCAAGUAGUGAAAGAAUCCCUCUGCACUUCAGGAGAACUGGAACAGAUAGACAAAGAGAAAUGUGCAGACUCCAAGGCCUGGAAGAAGAGCAUGUUAAAGAAAGUUGGGAUAAAAGCAUGUGCCUCUUUUAUUAGAGCAAGGCUUUUGCUUCAGCUUACCCAGUCACAACAGUUGUCCUUUGUGCUAGAGAAUAACAGAAAAUGUCAGAAAGAAAUUGAUGACAAAGUGGCUCUGCUUGGUUUCGAUGAAAACUCCUUGCUGUUGAUGACCAAAGCCAUGGGGCAGGAUCUUAUACCAGAAAAACUAAAAGAGGAGUUUCAGUGUGAGGUAAAAUGCAUAGGCCCUUCAGCACUGUCAUCACUGGUAACUGCUUCAGUCAUGGAAUUUGAAAUCAAAUGGUUUGGUAAUCUUCAAGAUGAUUUAUGUCACUUUGAUGGGCAAUUUUAUUCAGACAUUUAUCUCCCACCUUCAGUAACAUAGACAUUUUGUUGUAUUUAUUCUUGUAUCUCCAAAUUAUUAUGGCAUGAUACAUGCAAUAAAGUUCACUUUACAUUUUUUAAGAA